AAGGUAAAAGGGCAUAAAUUAAAUUGAGGGUAGUGACAAUUAAGUGGAAACUUUGGGCAGGCAGUCAGGAGGGGAGAGCAAGUUAAAACCGCUGUUGUUCGAGUUUCCAGCAGAACAUCUCGAGAGGCUCGUCCGUACAUCAUAAUGGAAGCUUGAAUAAAGCUGCAGCUUAGUCAAAUGGCAACGCCAUUGGUGGUAGGGUUAGCAGUAGCCGCAGCUGCGCUAGCAGGGCGAUACGGCAUCCACGCUUGGCACGCUUUCAAGACUCGCCCUGUCACUCGCAAAUUCUAUGAGGGCGGAUUUCAGCAAACCAUGAGCAGGAGAGAAGCUGCCCUCAUUCUCGGAGUAAGAGAAAGUGUCAGCGCGGAUAAAGUGAAGGAGGCGCAUAGAAAGGUGAUGGUAGCGAACCAUCCAGAUGCCGGUGGCAGUGAUUACCUUGCCGCAAAAGUCAAUGAAGCCAAAGACGUACUGCUAGGAAAAACUAAAAAUACUGGCUCGGCUUUUUAGUACACAAUUCAUUUUUAUACAAAUCAUACAAGGGGACUUGGCUUUUUGGUACACAAUUCGUUUUUAUACGUAUCAUACAAGGGGACUUAGCUUUUGCUUCCAAUUACAGAACUCAAAUUUUGGGCCAUCAGUCAUUGUUGUAUCAUGGUAUAUAAUCUUGUACAAUGGGGAUUUUAUAUCAUUUGUUUCCAAAAGCAACUUUGGGUCCAGCCUAUUCAAUAAACUAUCGGCCAAUCUAUGGAUUUUAUCUUUUGUUA